UCAAGACAACAAAGGGUAUGUGAUGCCAAACCCUUUAAGAUACCCAGAGAGAAAUCUAACAACUGUGAUUUCACAUAGAGUCAACAAAUUAAGGCAACCUAAUGUGAUGGACAACAUGUCAGCAAACAAAAGUGUUGGGGUACAUUCAAAGCUGUCAAUCCCAGUCAGAAAUAUUAAUAUUGCCAGAAAAAAUGGCUCGGGAAUAAUAAGACCAAGCUAUAUAAGGAAGUCAAACUUCCAGACUGAGCCAAACACAACCAGAGGCCUCAAGACAAAGGUAAGCACAGUAACUCAAUUCUCCAGUUCCACUGGCUUAAGAGAACAAGAACAAACAGAAGAAAUCAAACACAUUCCACAGGUGAUGAGGUCAACUGUAUUGCAUAAUAAAUGGGUACAAAACAACAGUACAGAGUCACAAUCACAAACUCAAAAGUCUCAAAAUUUAAGAAAUGCACAAGAUUUGUAUAAGGUUCAACAAAGUAAGAACCAACUUAGAGACAACAGUGAGACUGGGAGUACAGAGGAUCCUAACAAUUUGGAAAGUGAAGUCUCGAAUUCACCUACUGGAGGCAAAGAAAGCAAGAUUUUAAGUUUGGGAACUGAUGAUACCAGCAGUCAACAACCAUUUGAGGUGGACAAGAUCAGCAGUGAAAAGAAAGGACCAACUACACCAACCAUAAAGAAAUCUAAGGAACCAGGAACAAAACUAUUUACCACCUCGACAGUCUCCGUUAUGGACACAGACCAUAAAGACAGUCCAAAAAUAUUCAUAAAGUGACAAAUACACAUAUUGAAAUGGCUAAAAACGAUAGUUGGGAAACACCCAUAAACUUUGAAAGUACUGGAGGACAAAGAGAACUGGAACUUAUUAAAUUUAAUAAAGACAGAAUCGAAGAAAACUCUGGGGAGAUACUAUCUAAUCCAAACAGUGCGGACACUGCCCAAGGGUACAGUGGAGAGAGGUACACAGAUCCAGUUGUUUUGGAAACGCUUACAAAUGUUGAAGAAAUUAAAGGCUCAAAGCUUUUCUCACUCAGCCCCGAGGACACUGCUGAGGGGUUUAAAUCACAUGCAGUCAGUGAUGAGGUAACAGUGAGAGAGCAAGUGGAAAACAAGAUCCACAGCACCUGUGACAUUGAUUGUAACACUACGUCAACCCAACAGUCUACAGCCCAGACCAGGCCCCCAGUGGACCCUGGAAGAGAAAAAGGACCUGCACAAGACUGUGCUGAUUACAUUCACGAAAUCCCGAGGAAUGGUGUAUACAGAGUAACGCCGCAGACAAAGAGCAGCAUGUUUCCUGUUUUCUGUGACAUGAAGUCUUCUGGCGGGGGCUGGACUUUGAUACAGUAUCGCUUUGAUGGCAGCACAAGUUUCAAUCGCACAUGGGAUGAAUACAAAAACGGAUUCGGUCCACUAAUAGGAGAGUUUUGGCUCGGCAAUGACAAAAUUCACUUGUUGACAAAGGCGAAGAACAUGUCAUUGCGAAUAGAAAUCGAAGACUUCGAGGGUAUCAAAGAAUACGCUCAUUAUGACCACUUUUAUGUGGCCAAUGAAAGCCAACAAUACCGCCUGUCCAUUGGUGGUUACUCCGGUACAGCUGGUAAUGCCAUGCAGUUUAGUAAGAAGUACGAUCACGACCAGAAGCUCUUCACCACUCCGGACAGAGACAAUGACCAGUAUCCCUCUGGAAACUGUGGGGCCUAUUACAGCUCAGGCUGGUGGUUUGACGCAUGCAUGUCUGCAAACUUAAAUGGGAAAUAUUAUCAAUCAAAGUACAAAGGGGUACGCAAUGGGAUAUUUUGGGGAACGUGGCACAACAUUACAAUGGAAUAUUACCCAACCAAUGAUAGACAGUCUUUUAAGACCGUUAAAAUGAUGAUAAGACCUAAAAACUAUGCAAAGUAGUAUUAUACCCAACAAUUCUAAAACUUGCCCGCAAACUUAAGUUAAAGAUGGAUGGUAGAAAAAAAGGCAAGUGUCUUAAGUAUAUAGCUACUCUUGUGUUUUUUUGCUUUAUUAAUAGAAUACAUAAGUGUGAUGUCAGAACUUGGAAUAAACAUUGAUAAAUGUUUCUAUGUAGAUUUUUUUCUCUACACAUGUGCAUUAGUAGAAUACAUAGAUACACAACUGAGCCCCAUGAUUCUUUGAAAAUGGUGUGUGUAAAACAUGAAACCAUGCUUUUUCCAGAUUCAGCUGUUAUAUUGUAUUUUGUUUGUUUUUUUUACUUACAAACAAUAAAAUGCUUGUAAUCUGGGCUGAUCCAUGAUUACGUUUACAUGGAUAUUUGCAGAAUAACAGAUGCCGUUUUUUUUUUUUUUUAAACAAAUAGCUGGAUUUUACCAGCUUGAAUAAUAUCAUCUGAAAUUUUGUACUAUUUAACUUUCUUUCUAUCACUUUUCUAUUAUUUUGAAUUAUUACGUGUUAACAUCAAACAGUGUAUGUAUGUAGACC